AUGACCGAGGGGCCCGGAGGAACUACCUCUGAUGGGGGGGGGGGGGGGCACGAAGGCGUCGGGAUCACCGUUGCGUUGGGCGAUGAUAGUGUUAAAAGAGGAAAUGGUGAGGAUGGUUCGGUUCGAGUGGGAGAUAGAGUAGGCGUGAAGUGGACCGUCGAUGCGAGUGGGAUCAUUGUGCUAUUCCCAUCCGAGUUCAGUCUGCCCAAGCAAGAAGAACUAUGGCCAGAUCAUGUAUAUGCUCGCUUGCACAAACCACAUCAUCUCGAUUCCUUCAUCUUGUUACCACGAAGCGGCUCCCUUCCCUUGUGCGUCUACGGUGCGGUAACUCAAGAAGCCUUACUCGCAUAUACCUACGGUCUGACUGUCUACAUCGCCGUCGAGAAGUCAAACACGAUCGUUAACAAUUGGGUCGUCCCUGUCCUUGACGAUGGGCCUGCAUGUCCCAGGCAUCGCCAUUUCUUCAAUCGACUUGCUAAUGUGCCUUUCCCCAUUUUUACGCCGGUUCUCGAAGACAUCGGUCUGCCUGAAUACUUCCUCGACUUCCAGGAAUCCGCAUAA